AUGCAAGAAAAUGCAUUUGACCCACCUUUUGUUACACUCCAUGAGUGUUGCAACAACAAGAUCAUAAUGAUGAAGUUACUGUUGGUCAUUGCGAUUAUUGGGUUUGUCGCUGAAGCGGAAUCUGGGUCUUGUCCAACAUUACCCCCUGGUACCAUUGGUACAUGUGACGUUCGAUGCCAAAGUGAUAGUGAAUGUCGAGGCAGCAAAAUGUGCUGCUCGAAUGGAUGUGGAUACGCCUGUAUGGAUCCCGCACUCCAAGAUCCGACUGAUGAAGAUAUAGAACCGGACUUUGAAAUCUUGAUGGAACCAUUUGAUAUCGAUGCAACUGAAGAAGAGGUUCCAGUUGAAUCUGCGUCUUGUCCAACAUUGCCCCCUGGCACUAUUGGAACAUGUGAAGUUCGAUGUCAAAGUGAUGGUGAAUGUCAAGGCAGCAAAAAGUGCUGCUCGAAUGGAUGUGGAUACGUCUGUACGGACCCGGUGUUGUAUUGAUGAGCUUGCUAUCCAACAAAAUGAUGACUUGUCUCAUACAUUAUACUAUCCUAUGAUACUAAAUAUAAUCCAUUAAAAUAGCA